ACGCCGCAGGUCUAGGAGCGUGCGGCCGGUCUGGAGAAACUUGUAGCCAAAUAAUGCCAGCGCUGGUUGCGAAAUGAGAGAACGAGAGAGCUCCUGGGUGAAUUGAGGGAAUAACGUGUUAGACUCCUUUAGCAGUUAAACUGAAGGAAACUUUAAGAGGCUUCUGUAAAGUUCUCUUUGGAGUGGCUGAAGUUUUGUACCUGCUCUGUGCACACUAUUUUUGCCCAGUUUGGAAAGAAAAGUGAGUAGGACUGAUGUAACAUAUUGAACAGCAGCCUUUGUGGAAAAAAUGUCCUACUGUACCAAAGAGAGAGCUUGCUCAGACUUGGCAAAGCCUCCAGUAAAUGAACCAAGGGAGCCAGAACAGUUUCUAAUGCAGACGCCCCAGGGAAAUCCACUGCUGCUUUCCCACACCCUACAAGAGCUAUUGAGCAAGGACAGUGUGCAGGUGGAGCUUAUACCUGAGAAGAAGGGCCUUUUUCUGAAACAUGUGGAAUAUGAGGUUUCCAGCAAGCGAUUCAAGUGCUCAGUGUACAGACGAUACAACGACUUUGUGGUGUUCCACGAGAUGCUGCUGCAGAAGUUCCCGUAUCGCAUGGUGCCAGCACUGCCCCCAAAGAGGAUGCUGGGAGCUGAUCGUGAGUUCAUAGAAUCGAGGAGGAGAGCGCUGAAGCGAUUUAUAAACCUGGUGGCUCGACAUCCCCCCUUCUCAGAGGAUGUGCUCUUGAAACUCUUUCUGUCCUUCAGUGGCUCAGAUGUACAGAAUAAGCUAAGGGAGCUGGUCCAAGGAGUAGGAGAUGAAUUUGUGACUUGCAGAUUAGCUACCCAGGCCAAGGACUUCCUCCCAGCUGACAUUCAGGCCCAGUUUGCUGCCAGCAGGGAGCUGAUCAGAAAUAUUUAUAACAGCUUUUAUAAGCUCCGGGACCGUGCGGAGAGGAUCGCUUCCCGAGCCAUCGAUAACGCCUCCGACCUGCUCAUAUUUGGGAAGGAGCUAAGUGCUUUGGGAUCAGACACUACCCCACUUCCUUCCUGGGCUGCUUUGAAUAACAACACAUGGGGGACUCUGUACACUGCUGCCCUAAAUUUCAUCUUAAAUGAUGAGCUCUGUGGACAUAAGCCCUUCAAGAAUCAGUCAGGCCAGGUCUCUUUCUCUGGAGUUUACGCUCCAGAGAACUCUAUUGAUACAGGAAGAAAAGAGGAUUCUGGUAAACAGGAAGAGAAUGAUGUGGUGGAGAAGUUGAACCUUUUCCUGGAUUUACUCCAGUCCUAUAAAGACCUGUGUGAAAGGCACGAGAAGGGGGUAUUGCACAAGCACCAGCGAGCGUUGCACAAGUACAGCAUGAUGAAGAAGCAGAUGAUGAGUGCCACUGUGCAGAACAAAGAGCCAGAAUCGGUGGAGCAACUGGAGUCUCGGAUUGUGGAGCAAGAAAACGCGAUCAUAACCAUGGAGCUGCGGAAUUACUUCUCCCUGUAUUGCCUGCAUCAGGAGACACAGCUCAUCCACAUCUACCUGCCUCUCACAUCUCACAUUUUGGGGGCCUUUGUCAACUCCCAGAUUCAGGGUCACAAAGAGAUGAGUAAAGUCUGGAAUGAAUUGAAGCCGAAGUUGAGCUGCCUUUUCGUGGGAUCCAGCAGUGUGCCAACUCCACCACUGUCACCUCCAGAGGGAAACUUCUUUUCCAGUUAAUUUUCUGAGCAUCCCAUAUGGAGCAAGAAGGGCAAUCAACGAAGGGGUGGGACCUCUACCUCCAAUGAAUCCUCCAAACAGCUAUUUUUAUUUUUAUUUUUUUUUUUAAUAUUGCUGCUUUGAGCUGCUCUCUGAUUUAGACAGACUGGAUGUGGGGCAGAACAUAUGGAUAUAGAGACAAUUUUGUAAUUUUGCAAUGCCCUGGGGCAGAGCUGAUGUCCAUUAUCCUGCAGACACUCCUCAUGGGGUCGGGAUAUGGCCUGGCACAGCGAGUGCUGCAGUCUUGUUGCUGAGGCCUCUGCAUCUUGUACUAACAGUCCUCCAAUCAUGUUUAUCUGCAGCUGUGCUGACACAUCUUCACGUCUCUGAAGUGCUGAGAUGAGCAGGAUAGCUGAAGCACUUGCUUGUAGUGGAGAUAAAUUGCUUUCUAUGCCAUGGAGGGCCUGUGUUAGGGAUGUGUGUGCAUAAGGAAAGCUGAAAGCCAUCCCCCAUCCCAUUGUAGGUGUCUGGGUCUGAUUUCUUACUGCUAGACCUUAGCACAAAAUGAAUGGAGUGGUUGGAUUUUGUAACCCAGCUGGGCAGGGGUCAGUGCUGCUGUGUGACAGGGAUUUUCCUGAUGGUGCUGGAUGGACUGUAUUGUCAGUGUGUUUCCCUUCAUGGUUGCAGGGCAGCCUGGGGACUUGCUCAUAUUUUUCAGUUUGGGGCCAAAGACAGCUGGGUUCAGGAACUCAGAGGAGUUUGCCUGGCAUAAAUGAGAAAAUAAUUGACUAAAACACUCCUUCAUUGUAAACCACUUGUGCUACAGGAGCAGAACAGCUACAAGGUAGCUUGUUUAUUUCUUCUGGAGGUUCUGACCUCCAAGUGGUGAGUAGCUGUUCAGAUCUGUUGGAGAGCUGCUGACCCGAAGGCUGGUGCUUUUCUUGGUGUAAUAUCAGAAGUAUCCUGUUGCACCAGCAGGCUGGAACACAGUGCUGAUAAAGUUCAUUAGCAAAAAUUCAGUAUUAUCAGGAUGUUACUGUCAUUCUUCCUGGCUGUGGGUAGCAUUGCAGUGUUUUUGUUUGUGAAGGAGAGUAGACAAUGAAGUGAAAGUUCUCAUCUCUAAAAACACCACAGCCCUUGGUAAUGGGGUUUUCAGAACAGUUUGUGGUUGUGAUAAAGGGACUAAACAUUCUCCACUUUGUACCUCCAUUGGCUUUCCCUCGGGAGGCAAAGGGGAGAAUGUGCAUGUUGUGUUACCUCAGGGGAAGUGGUGCACAUCCUCCAGAGAAACUGAUAAACUGUAAAUGUCUGCAGCAAAACUCUGUGUGUGAACAGGACUCCCUGAUCCUGACUUCUCUGGGGCCAAAAUAGCACCCAAAGGGGAAUUUGUGACUGGCUUCUUAGCAUUUUCCUCAGCUGGGUAAAAAAGGAAGCACAUUAACAAGGAUGUGCUUGCUGUUAAAUUGGAACCAGUACAGUAUUUUCCCACUGGGGAACUUCCUCUUUACCAGGAAGCAUAUUUAAAUCCUCCAGUCACAAAAGUUAUUUUGUUUUGUUUUGUUUUUUUUAAUUUAGAAAUUUCAGUGCAACAUGAAACUCUUCCUAGCCCAGCUGGAAAUUCUGGAUUAGUUUCUUCAGCUAGGAGCAAGAUAAGUUAUUUGCCCAGUUUCAGGAGACUCAAUAACCAUUACUCACACUCCUCAAAAUGGAGUAAAUACACUGCUAUGGGUGAAUUCCUUGACUGCUGGGCCUUAAGCAGUGUGUAGCCAACCUUGCACAGAAUGCAUUAAGAGCUUUUUCCAACAAUUCAAACGUUAACUCACUUUCCUCCUGCACAUGGGCCUUGUCCAGUGAGACAGAUGAACUGCAAAUGGCUGUGACAGAUUGGAUUCUCUCCUGGAGAUUUCCUAAGUGAUGCAGAAGAAAUUCUGCUCACAAGCUGGAGCAAACUGUCAGGGGAGAGGAAUGUUUCUCCAGUCCAGUUACAGAGAAGAUAUCAUCUCAGGCAUGGCACAACAGGUUUUUCUGCUUGACCUUGUGUUGAUUAGGGAUACGGUUUGUGGUUCAAGUGUGGGAAGUGUGUUACCAGACUUUUUUAUGCUCUUUGCUCCUGGCAUUAUCUGAAGGUACUGGCUGGUUGUGGCUGGCUUAGUCCCAGCACCCAUAUCCUCCCUCAUUUAUCUUUGCCUGAUGUGGUGAACAGUAAAAUUGAGAAAAUACUCUAUGUUUUGGGGCAAGAUCUGAUAAUUUCUGAUGAGUCUCAUAUGUUACUUGUUUGACUGGGCAGUGUUCUAUAGGAGUGCUUGCAAAGGACUAGGCUGAAUGGAACUUUGCACUUCUCACUUCUAGAAAAAAAUGCAAUUUUGAACUUGAUUUAAAAUCAAAAAACAGCCCCUCAAAAAGCAAACAUCAAAAUGACAUUAGGGCUUUAAAGUAACUCCUCUUUCCUGUUCAUGUUCAAGCACAAAUUGUACAGUCUUAGUGCAGAGACUGUAACAAUGAUAGAGACCCAACAGGACCUAUAAAGAAACUGAUAUUAUGUUGUUUUGAGAAACACCCCAUUCCUCCAUUGUCAGUCCUUGUGUCUUUGAGGAGAGUUUUGGGGGUGGGCUUUUCCUGUUUUGGUUUAACUCUGUUCACCAGGUAUUUGAGAACAGGCCCAGUAUUCUCAAAGCUGAUCCAGCCACUGGCACUUUCAGAGUUUAUUUCAUACUGGACUGCCAAGCUUCUGUCUCAUUCCUAAACACACGCAGACACUAUUUCAUACAACCCUUAGUUUGCAAACCUUUCUUCUGGGAGACUGGUCAGUGUGCAAAUAGCACUGUUUGUUUACCUCAAUGUGUGAGGGAUUUCCUUACUGUCUUUGUUAUGUUCGGUUUAUGGAUCUGUCAGACUUGGAGGGCAGCAUCAAGCACAGCUAGCUUCUUUCCUCCAGAGGGAAGCAGCAGGAACUCCAAGGAUCCGUCAAGCUGACUUCAGCUGUCUGUCUGCCCUAGCCAGUGUGGGGAAAACAGUUGUAGUUACCUCUGUGCUCUUGCCUUCUGCAGUAAACACUAACCAAGCCAGACUAAUUGGGGAGUGUGUGCUGUGCCUAUCUGAGAUCUGAUGUUCCUGUAAGAUGCAGUGCCAAAGUGUUAAUGUGUUUUUGUGAAUGGAAGCUUUUCUGUGUGUGCUUGAGGUCAGGGGACUUUCAUGUGUUCAAAGGAGUGAUGGUAGAAAAGCCUUCAGUGUCUGUCAGAGCAGUCCUGGAGGUACCAGGGUAGUCAACACCUGAGACCCUGAAAGGCUGCCUGAAAAUUGUUCUCUGAAAAGGGCUCUGUUUUGUCACUCCUGAGGACUUCUUCCUGCUGUGAAGUGGGAAGGAAUAUACAGGCUUUUUUGUCAGUAUCGUGUUGAAAGGCUCAAAACUCUAUUUACAAUACCUUAAAUCUUUGAUCCUUCUUUGCCUCUCCUUCCAUCUUCCUGGCUCGUAAGAUGUUCAGUGGUGCCUUGCUACAUUCCAGUGCUUUUAACUGUCCUUUAACCAUGCAAGGGUCUAAUUCCUGGAAAUUGUAACAGGCAAAUUCACACUCUUCAGUUUGUGCUGUUUACUAAAAGACCAAGAUCACCAGCUGGGGACAGAACUUACUUAAACUGUGUCAGUCUCACUGCAGCAGCAGCAGUAACAUCCCAGCUCUUUGACAUGAGUUAAAAAUCAGGCUUGGGGAAGGCACCUUCCUGAAAGCACUCACCUGACUGCAGACAGGGAAUAACAGAAGUGCAAGCCUGAGCCACACUUGUUCUUUUCCUACCCAAGCUCCUGGAGGAACAGAAAAUAAUUCUGUGAUUGUCACAUGCUGUCUCUCACCCAGCAAUUUAUGGUUUCCACCAGGAAAUAAACCAAGGUAUUUAACAGGUAUUGGCUGCCAAUCAUUCCCUUUCCUACCAUGCAGUAAGGUCCUGUGCUCUGUAAAAGCUGCCUGUCCUUUUAAGGGGUGCUUAUUCUAUUUGUCUCAAGCCAUUCUCUCUGUUAGAGCAGCCAGGAACCCUCACUGCCAGGUCAGAAGCAGAGGUGGGUAUCAAAACCUCUGUUAAUAAGUACACAAAAGGGAAAGUAAAGUUUUAAGGUGUUAUUUCAUCCUCCUGAGUCUGAGCUGUGGCUUGCUGAGCAGAUGAAGAAGGAUGCUUUUGAGUAGUAUAAGUUUUUCAAAACUGCUGGAAGGAGACAAGAAACAAACACAGUUCAGAGGGUGUGAAUUUUGCCUGCCUGGAAUAUCCUGUAUCUUUGCUUUGCUCAAAUAGCCUUAUGUAUGAAGCACUUUAUCCAAAUGCAGGAAUUAAAGAACUAUUACUACA